AUUUUAUUGCGUGGCCACGGAGCCUGGUGCGAGGGUAGUGGAGAAUGGAGCAGACACUUGACGGAGGUGCGAAGCAACCGCCUUUGUCCCAUGCCUUCCAACAUGGCGGUCACUCCUCCACCACGUCCUAUCCGACGGCGGUAGAUAGUGGGUACCGUCCAUCGGGCAAUGCUCCGGUGACCAACAAAUACCACUCACCACGCCACGGUCACCAUGAAUACCACAGCAACGUCGACAGGCAUCAUGCAAAGGCGAAAGUACAUACGACAGAAGGUGGAGUGUACUCUCCAGCACAAGCAUCAUUGCCACUGCAUCACAAUCCCAACAGCGUUCAAGCUCCGUACAAUCCUACGCUGGUGACAGCACAGUCGAACAGCGACAGCCGAUAUUUCAAUCCCAACGUUAUCAACCCGCCGUUACCUCCACUCCCUCCACCAAGUCUUGCCUCCGCCACACCGACUUCAUAUUCCAAACCGUCUCCUUCGGACGCGUACCAUCGCCCUGCCCAAGACGCAUCAUUGACGUACCCCCGUCCACACCAGACUUACCCUUCGAACCAGCACUUCCAUCCGUCCUCCACACCAUCCACUUCUUCGUCAUCUCAAAGCCUGGAAUUCGUCAAGUGCCAACGAUGCGGCGACAAAGGACAUAUCGCGCCACCCUGUCCCACGCGCCGCCCGUACCAUCCGUCGUCGUACUCGAAGCACCUGCCCCCCCGCACAUGCAAGUAUUGGUUGAAUGGCAACUGCCACAAAGGGGACGACUGCACGUUCGUGCAUGGUCUCGUGCCGGACGCCAACGGCAUGGUGUAUCCUCCUACCCACAUGCUCCGCCACCAAGGAGGGUACCCCCCCAUGGAUCAAACGUUUUAUUACCCCCCGCCCCCCAUGCCCCACUACAGCUACGACCCAAAUGCCCAUCGCAUGACGCCGCCGCCCGACGAAGCGCUCGAGUACCACCCCCCACCCCCCGCUCAGGGCUACGGUGGCGCUCCUCCGUACUACCCGUACGACAACUCGUACUACCCUUACCCAGGUCACAGGUCGUUGUAUAGUACCCCACCGCCCGCGGCGGCCACGUACCACCAACAGCCCCCCCCUCCUCCUCCUCCGCUCCAUGUUCCCUCCCCUAACUACCCCACGUCGAAACCAUACAAUUACUACGCCCAGCCCCAGCCCUACCAUCCACGGCAAGGCUACGCGUCGUUCCCUGCUGACCAGUAUGACCACGUCGAGUCGUUUGCGAGCUCCGACGGCACUACGCCGUCGACGCGUUAUCAAAAGGACCUCCCUUCGACCGCCGACCUGCAGCCGCUGCCAUCAACCCCUUGUAGUCCCUCUCUUGUGCCUGCGCCUACUGCUGCUUCUGAUGCAACAGACUCCAUGGCUGCGCUCACGAUUGAAACAAGUUCCUCCGAACAGGCUGAGGGCGUCGAUACCCGAUCCAAGUCGGUGACGUCGCCCACCGAAGCCACGACCAAGGCGGCGGAUCGGAAAAAGAAGAAGAAGGCAACAUCCAAGCCACCGCCGCCGCCGCCGGCUCAUGCCGAGGUGCCCGUGACGGCCAAAGGGCUGCGUAAUGACACGGGGGACAACAACUGUUUUCUCAACGUGGUCGUGCAAGCGUUGUUUCACUUGGAGACGUUUCAAUCGCGAUGGGCCGACACCGCGAGCCAUGUGUGUGCGGGCGGCGGGCGCUGCGUGUAUUGCGCGUUGGCCAGCGUGUUUGCCCUAUUGGGUCGAUCUAGUACGCCCACCACGACCUCUACGACUACUAGUAGUAGUACUAGCGUACACGAACGGCAGGGGGUGUCGUCGGACGCGUUGCGCAAGGUUCUGAGUGCGAUUUCGACGUCGCCGUUGCCGGCUGCGGAGGAGCGGUACAAGGCUGGGUCCAUGGAUGACGCCGCCGAAGCCCAUGAGACGAUCCUCCGGUCGCUGCACGAAUCGCUUUCAUCGGCGGCGGCAGCGGCGGCCGCCACUCCGUGUCCGUGCCUCGCGCAUGAAGUGUUUGGGCUGUGGGUGGGCGAAGAAGCCGAGUGCGGCCAGUGCGGGAUGUCGAUGGAGACGCUGCCGUACGAUGCGAUGGUGUUGCAUGUCGCGACAGAGUCCAUCAAGGAAGUCACUUCGAAAAAGCACAAGACCCACCAGCGCGCGUUUGACGAUGUACUGGCGACCGUGUGGGCGGCGGCGGGCAGCUCGAAAAAGUGCGCGCGGUGCCGCCAUGACAAGGUGUACGAGUCGCGGCUGCAGCUCAAGCAAGUGCCGCGGAUGUUUACGGUCGGGCUCACGUGGAAGAACAACUCGGCCAAUGUGGCGACGCUCAAGGCGAUUGUGGCGGCCAUGGAACCUUCGAUUCGACUGGGCCGGUGCGACGAUUGAGGAGGAUGGAGGAGGAUGCAGACUGAUGAUGAUCGUGUAGGGUGUUUCCCAACAUGGUCGCGGAAGGACGGCUGGCUGGUCCGGACCAAGGAAGCGCGACGCUGUUGGCCAUGUACUGCUUCUUUGGCCAUCAUUACAUGGCGUUCAUCUACAAGGUGGCGACGCGGGAAUGGUUGAGCUUCAACGACACGGUCGUGCGGCGGGUGGGGACGCAGUGGAGCGACGUCCAAGCCGCGUGUAUCGAGGUAGGAUGAACGACCAAGUGUGGUGGCGUCAUGGAGUCGUCGAUAUGAUUGUGUAGAACCACUACCAGCCGUACGUGUUGUUCUACGACGUGGCGCCCCCCCCGACGAAGCUAGGAAACCAAGAGACUGUGCUGCAGUUUACGAUCGGGGACUUUGUCAUGUCAGUGGCGUCAGAAGUAGACCGCGAGAACUGGAAGACUAACGUGGAUGAUGUCCAUGCACCAGUCGACCACGCCCCGCGCAAGUACCACACUCGACAACAGCAGCAUCCUCCACACUACCACCCCAAGUAGAUGAUAUGUUAGGAGCCCGAUAGACGCAUGCUGCACGGCAACCACCCCCACCCAUGAGACCUCCCUUAAUGAACUCUGUAUUUAAACCCCAUCUCCAUUCGUGUCGCGCCGCCACAGCCGCCCCAAUCUGUCAUGUUGG